CUAAUUACGUUGACGUGUGGAUUGCUACCAAAUCCACAACUAGGGACUUCUGUUCUAUCUAUUUGCUGUGCAACUCUACAAUCUUUAAACUUCCCAUUUUGAUUGUGUGUAGAAAAAUUCAGAACCCUUAAAUAACAUUGUUUAAAAUUUCUUUGGAUAUGCAGCCUUACAACCUCUCAAAUACACUUCCAGCUAUCCUAUUCUUUUGGUGCUGCUGCAAGGUUUACUUCCUAACAACGGAUUUUGUAUUAGUAUUGUACGAAUGACAUUCUUAUAUAUAAUAAUUACCUCGUAAUUACCAUUUUGUAGCACUCGGAUUUCAAACGAGUUGGGAGCUGGGAAUCCAAAAGCAGUUAGAAUUUCUACUUAUGUAGUCUUCGCUCUAGCAACUGUAGAGUUCCUUCUGGCAAGUGCGAUUAUUUUUUGGUUGCGUAAUGUAUGGGGAUUGGCUUCACACAUGAAGAAGAAGUGGUCAAUCUUAUCGAAGAACUUACUCCUCUUCUCUGCCUCUCCAUCAUCCUAAAUAGCAUAGUAUCAGGAGUUGCUAGAGGAAGUGGUUGGCAACAUAUUGGGGUGUAUGUAAAUUCAGGAGCAUAUUACUUGGUUGGAAUUCCUGCCUCUUUACUUAUGGGAUUCGUUUUGAAUUGGAGAGCAAAGGGCAUGUGGAGUGGAAUAAUCAUGGGGUCAAUUGUGCAAACAAUUCUGCUUUCUAUUGUCACUUGUCUCUCUGAUUGGGAAAAACAGGCCAAGGAAGCAAGAGAAAGGUUACUUGAUAAGAAAAUUCCCCCAGAAUAAAUGACUGAAAUCGAUCUCUCCGUCGGGAACCAUAAGCGUAUACUUAGUUUUGGCUUGACUGAUCAGUUAUAGUCACUUCACAAAUUAUAAACACACAAAUACAACGAGUAGCAAUCUGGAAGCGAAUGUUUAAUAUACCCAGUUUCUUGUUUUCGAAUGUUUGAUUCUAUUUUUAGGAUCUAAUUUUGUUAUAAAAUGUAUGUUUAUUCGUAGGAUUAGGCUUGAUUGCA